AUGGCCACGAGAGCUCUCGCCGCCGCCGUCGCCGGCCGCCGUGUGACCGCGCAUGCUGGGCUCGCCGUUCUCUCCUCCGGCUCCUGCUGCAGGCGCGGAGGAGCAGUGCAGAGCUUUUCCCACAGCACUGCCGAGCGGGAGCGGGAGGGCCACGCCGACGCCGAUGCCGACGCGACGGCCGCCACCGCGGCGCAGGUGGAGGCGGCGCUGAACUGCAAGAACGUGGAGGUGGUCCAGGGGGACCACUCCGCGACGCUGGUCGCGGCCGACGCGGCCGAAGAGCUGGGCGGCGUGGGCGACGGCGCCGCCGGCGCCGACGACGCGUGGGUGCCCGACCAAGAGACGGGCGUCUUCGUCCCUGCAUACGAGGCGUCCGGCGACGGGAACGGCAACGGCAACGGGCAUACCGUGUCCGCGUCUCCGUCGGUGCUGGACCAGGCGGUGUUCGUCCGCGAGGAGGACAUGGAGGACGUCGAGAGGCCCGCCAUGGGCACCGUGGACGUGGCCGACGCCGGCACCGGCGCCAAGUGA